AACGUUCGCAGGACAGCUAAGAAUACGUACUUUUUUCUAAAUAUAUCAUAAGGGAAGAAACAAUUUUUCAUACGGACGGUACGAUCUUGAACAAAGUUUCCAUCCCUUUAUCCAUCUCUCCCUAUCAGCCUUAAAUCAUUUUUUUAACUUUUUGAAAAGUAAAUGGCCGAUUUUGUAAUCUCACGAUACCUCUUCGAUUAACAAUACUCAAUAAAUCAUUCGUACAGAAUUUCGCAGGUACGGCGAAUUUCCUAACGAAUUUAUUUCGCCUUUACCGGUUACCGGUCGAAAAAAACGUUCUUUUACGCAAGACACGCAGGAUACCCACGCAGCGUUGGUUUUCAGCUUGUUAAUUCGAAACGUUUAAGGAUCUAACUAAACGACAUGACCGGGACUCUCGUAUUUAGCUGACGAGGAGCGCAGUGAGACGGCGACGACGCAUCGAUUGCGUCUUUUGGUGCGGGUGUUGGACAGCGCAGGCAGACACCAUAUUUCUUCGUUUCCUAUCUGUUUCGGAUUUCGGUUCGCUUGCACUUUUCUAUUCCCUAUUUCGUUUCGGUCUUUGUCACAACCUAUAAAAAGAUAUACGCGUGCCCGUUGCAAAUAUGUACAAGAGGAAACUCUACUUUCUCUCUCUUUGUCUCUUUCUCUUUUGUUAGAGAGUUUCUUUCCCCCUGCGAGUCGUAACUCGGCUCGCUGGUGUACACACGAUGCACGCGACAUACUCUUAUGCCCAGCUGCAUAAGCAUUUGAUACACUUGCUACACUCUUGGUACAACACCGGUCAACGUCCUUUCGAAGGUUUGGAUCAUGCGAUCCGAAAGGUAAGAGCGAGUGUGCAGCACGUCGCAUACCGAUUGAUCGUAGUAAACGACUGGUCACAGGAACGGAUCGAUAGAACUUCGACAUCGAUUAACUAUAGCAUGUACUACCGUAUUUAGGAUGAAAGGAUUAUGUACGUAUACGUGCGCGGUCGUGUCUAUGUCCUGUGAAAAAAAAGAAAGGAAAAAAGAAAGAAAGAAAAAAAUCAUACAUCAUAGCCGGUAAUCGUAAUUGCACGUUCAUUGUAAAUACUCAUUGUGUAUAGAUUCAUCGCGUAAUUAGAGAGUCGUUGGUAAGUACGAUAGAAAGUACGAUCGUUCGUACGUGCGUGAAUAGAGGAUUCGUCUUUCGUCGUCUUUCGCUGCGACGUACACGCGGAUAAAUCGGAAUUCGCUUUAACGACCAUUCUAAUCAUUGGAAAAAUGAUCUUUUUGUAAUACCGACGCGUGAUACGCCCCUGACUCGGAGAACACGAACGUUUCCUCGAGAGAUACCAACCAGAGGUUUCCUGUUUAAAGCCCGCUCUACACGUUGAAACAUGUUGCGACGCAUGUAUCGACACUUAGGUUCCAUGAAAUUUGCAUCGGUUUCAGUUUAACUGCACAUUGCCGAUUCUACACGGUUUAUGGUGUGAUAACGAUGUUGAAACACGUGUUUCAAAAUGUCUGAUCUUCCAACUCCGGCAUUAUUAUCAUUAACAGGAGGUAUGUUGCUUAUAUAGAACGAAAGAUCAAAGAAUAGCAAAGAAACGAGCGAAAACACGGCUAAUCGAGAGGAACGGUUUUUCUAAUUUCGCGUUAUUAAAAGAACUAAGAACGAACGUACACCGUGAUUAUAGAAAAUAUUUGCGUAUGGCUUCGCUGGAAAUAAAUUAGGAACCCUGUCGAGAGAUUUCGUUUCGAAAGGAAAUUGAUUCCUACAAGAUUUAUAUUCGGUAUCCUUAUUACCGGAUCGAUACAAGUUGAUUUUGAUAGCGAUUCGCCGAUACAGAUGUACAUACAUUGUAACAUGUAUCAUGCAACCUAGGUGUCGAUGCAUGCAUCGCAACAUGUUUCAACGUGUAGAGGCCCCUUAAGAGGCAUGCGUUGAUAUUUCGAUCUCGUUUCGCGCCAAUCCCUACCAAUCAGCCUGCGAUCACAUUUACAAUUCUUCGUAGUCUUGCUGUGUAUCGAGCGUGUGUACAACGAGCUAAGACUUUUCACAGUUUCGUACACCGACUUCGAGCACCGGUUCCCGAAUCUACGGGAUUUUGGUCAGAGUUGAGAGAAGGAAGCGAUCGAAAUAGCUGAAUGAAUUCCCUUUACUUGAUAAAGGGAAAAAUGAAUAUCGAAUUAAGAAAUAUGCAGAUCGUUCGAAGGCUAAUUGAGCUUGGAGUAGAUCAUUUUGAUAGGCUGUGGGGCAAGAAUCGAGAAAUCAAGUUCCGCGGCCGACUUGGACGAGAAGUCGAGCCGUUUGUCACUUUUACUGUUGUUGAGGUCAGUCGAGCAUUGACCGCUUGUCGAUUUAAUUGCUGUGUACUUGUACAAGAUACCAACAAAACUAUUUCCUUUUUCUUUGCUUGUCCUCUUGUUUAUCUCGUUUACCUUACAUUUUCUUUUUUAUCCUUUCCGUUUUGUCACGCGACGAUGACCGACAAAAUUGUCAAAGCAAAGAAAAAACCUGACAGGUAGAAAAAUAAGCGCGAUUCGAUCGUUUAACGAAACUAUGAUUUUCGUUGAUUGUUUACUUCGAUGGUGGCAGGAUAAUCUUUGACCCAAAUCUUCUUUUCGUUCGUGUUUUUUCAACCCCGCAAUUUUUUAGCAAGUUUGUAGUGUUUAUUACGUUUUCCGUUUAUUUCCUAGUAUCAACGAAUCUCGGUACAAUAUUACACAAAGAAGUGUACGAAAAAUUUGUUAUUUUCACGGUGAGAGCAGAUUGCCCGCAAUCGUCGAUGGAGCCAGAGGACAAAGCUAGACGAUCUGGCAAUUCCGUUUGCAAAACCAUAUACACAUUCUGGUAAUAGAGUCAAAAAAUCUAAGAUCGCUCUUAGAAUGUCGACUAUGUCGACUAUGAGAAUGUGGACGUAGAAAACAGCUUCGUUGGAAUAUGAUGCAGUUGUCCUAAAUAUAGGUUAACGCGGUAUCAUAGAAUACGUCGAGUAUUCUUCGCUGUUGUUUGACGAUAUUCAUUGUUCGUCGUCGCCAUCCUGCUACCAUGGGACGUAAAAUUGUCGACCAGACGAUGAUUAUAAGUUGGAGUGACUCGAGAAGGAAGGACCAAACGGAUCGGUAUAAGUUGGAACAUGGUUUGUGUACGGCACUUAUGCCACUUUACCGCGGUCGUUCACCUCGAGGUUCUCCUUCGAGCUCCAACUCGAAGGUGUUAGCGUCAUUCGCCUCGUACGGUUUCGUCGUUGUGCUAUCAUUUUAAUCGUAGACAUAGAAGGACAGGAGGUUCUUAAAUCCGCGAUAGCCGGCGUUCGAAACUCUCGAAUCUCGAGUCGAGGACAAAAAGCAUGUGGAAAGAAGAGACGAUUCGAUUUCGUUACCCAGUUUCUUGGCCGCGUUACGAAAUUCACGGCAGGGAAUAUUUUGACAAAUUUUGCAACAAGGUUUCGACGAUCGGGAUUUUGCAAUUACAUUGGCCCAUUCGGUGGCGGGCAUCGGUGGAGGGCGUUGAAACGACGAUGUGCGAAGGAAUGCGUGUAAUGCGGGCAAAUGCGAACCGAGAAAUCCGUACACAGUCAGCGAUCAAAGGAAGAUCCGCAUAACUUCGCGGCGCUCGUUCCCUGUCGUUUUCGUGACCGAGUAUAGCCAUCGUGCUACGACAUCGUUUGUGCGAGCCACAUAUCCACCGGUUUCGCGCUUCUUACGUAACGCAAGGGGAUCUAUUACGUUGGAAAGUAGAAUCGUUCGGUGUAUGCAGACCGAUGAAAAAAGAAAAGAGAAUUAGCGCGGCGACGAUGCCACUCGAGCGAUCGUGUCUUCGAAUGUUAUCGUCGGCGUUUCUUUCGGCGCGACGUUUCACUCUAAAAAGGAAGGAAAGAAAAGAACGGAAAAGAAAGACGGAAAGGAAUCGAGGUUGAUACGGAAUGCGCGCCAAUUCGGCUGUAAAUUGGGCACGCGGUGAACUGCCGCAGCCCCGCAGCUGGAAGGUGACAGAGAAGACGAAAGGCAAGGAGGAAAAGAUGUUGUUACGUGGUCUGCGUGUUCCAUGUUCCAUAUUCUGUGUUCCACGUCUCGUGUUCCGUGUUUCGUGUUCGAUUCGACAUGCUAGAACGAGCUUCGAAAAUUUCGGCUGCGAAAGAGGUCUCAGGUUAUCGACCCAUUGGCAGUGGUCAGUGAUGGUAACGGGCGAGCAAGCGAGCAAGCGAGCAAUCGAGCAAUCGAGCAACCGAGCACACGACCAACCGGACAACCAGUUCAUCCAUCCGAUGCACGGUUCGGUCCUUCACCCGGCAUUAUCCCGAGUGUUACGUACUCGCACGUAUAUUACACGUGCUCGCAAUAUGUACGACGUCCUUUUUUGCGAAUCGCAAUUAGUCAAGACACGAGCUGUGCGCAGUGACGAUCGAAUCUGUAUCCGACCGAUUAAAAAAAUAGAAAGUUUCCUAGGGUAAAUGGUCGUUGCCGUGUCAAAAGAAAACGGUGUUUACGAGAUUGCUAUGAAAUUUAUUCGACUGAGAAAAUCGACCAGAUUAAAGUAAACGAUUAAAAGGGUAAAAGCGUAAACAGGGUUACACGACGAUGUUCAUCGGACAAUACGUGGACGUAAAGGAAUUGGAGGGGUCGGUGGAAGAGUCGAAAAGGGGGCGAGGAAGCAGCCGUAGCAGUGACAUUCGACCGCCAAGAAUUAAAAUACGGCCGCGUGGCGAGACUCCACUAUGGUUUCUAACGGAUCGACCGAAGGUCCCACGGGGGGCUUCCACAGAAGAUUCGGGAGACGGUUCGAAGAAGGAAUAACGGACGGUCAAAAACCGCGUUCUCGUACCCAACCGGAGUCCGGGGCCCGUUAUUAGCCGUUAGAAAGGAAACCCGUUCGAAGGUGGAUUGUGCGGGCAAGGCGAGGAGAAAUCGUGGACACGACGAAAGAGGAAUCGAAUUGGAACGUCGAAACGCACGCGAUAGUCGAAGAAAAGUGGUAGCGGGGAUUAGAUGGGUCAGCGUGCGAAAUGGCUGUUCUACUCGACCGACGGUGGGCUCGUUCCGCUGCUAUAAUUCGAAUUUUUCUCAGAAUAUUCAUGCAUCUCCUAGUCGAGUAUCGGCUCGAUCGCUAGUACCUGCAAGCGGGAACGACUGCGUGAGUGCGAAUGGAUCGUGUGCGGUUCGUGUACGCGUUGUAGGUUCCUUGGAAGGCGGUAGGAGGUUGGAAUCGCGAGGUGACGAAGGAGGGAGUGGUAACACCUGGAAUGUACGUAAGGUAAACGGCAUCCGGGCAAUGCCCUCGCAUGUAAACAAUCAGAAAUCGCAAACUUGAUUACGCGAGCAAGUUGUUUCUCGCGUAUGCACACAUUCGAAGAAUCGAUCACGUUUACGUGCACGCAUGCUCACGAUCCGUAACAGUUAUACAUAUAGUAGUACGAGGACUUCGGUAUAUGGUAGCGUACUAGUUCUCCCCUUUUCACCUGUCUCCUUCUCCUAUCGAAAAGUCUACAGUUUAAUUCACCGAUAGCUAGGUGCUACAGUGUGACGAGAUCGGACACGUCGAAUUAGGAAUUACGAUGUUUAUCGAGCGAGAAGCAAUCGAUAAGAGAAAGGGGACAAGAAAGUUGAACCAGAACUGACGAAGCAUCGGUAGCUGAUAACGGUGGCAGAUGACGUGUGAGAUGAGAUUAUACUCUGGUUAAACUAUAACUCGGUCAAACUAUCAGUACGAUAUAGCGGCACAUCAUCUUCUUCCUCUCUUUUCCUUUAUACGACCAUGUUCUUCCGUUUUCUACCGAUACCGAGAGAAAACAGAGUCGUAUCGUUUCUUCCCACCUCUCCAAAUGUAAACUCUGUGAAGUUCGAAUUGUCUCAAAGAUCCAAAGUCAAAUUUGUCGUACGUCGGCGUGAUCGUUCGAUCGAGAGAAUCACGCGACUAAAAAUCGGAACAAAGUUACGAAACGAUACGUCUUACGUCGUCGAUAGGUUCGUCCGACGGAUCUUGGACGAGCAGAAAGAACGAGAAAGACGACUUUCCAAGAGAUACGUAAAAUUAUCGUAUAGAUGUACGUGCAGGAAGAAACGAAUAGUCAUACAAACAUACGAUGCAUGUUUAAAGCUUCUGAAGGUCGAAUAUUUAUCUCGAGACACGCGUAGCACUUGGACGUAUCAAUAUUCCGGCUAAGUCGAUCGUAAUUCUUUUUGGUUUCGGCGAAUCGGUAUCUGUUAUUGGCCUGCUGUAUUAAUCGGUGAAUCAUUUUCCUUUCGUCUCGCGAUGGGGGUUCGAUGUACGCGUCCGAUAAUAAUUGAACUCUUCUGCUUCUAUCGCUGUUGUCGCAUCGCGCGUGUCUUCUCCUGCUAAUUGUUAUCAAUCGAAAUUCAUACUCGCCUCUUUUUAUCUCCGUUCUUAUUCCCUUCCAUUCGAAAUUGUUCCAAAGAAAAUCCUACGCUAAUUAUACUCGAACAACGUUUAUCAUCUCGUUUCGAUGAUUCGAAUUUUACAGAGUGAAACGAACGAGCGCACUCGUAAUCGGAUCGUCGAGUGACAUCGCAUCGGUUUUCGCAACCAAUUUACACGACUUAUGCUUCUUCUUGGACAUACUUGGCAGAAAGCGAAGAAAAGUCGUGAAACCUGUUGCUAAUCGUGUUACUAUAUUGCGCAUGCAUUACUAUCGUAGAGAAGAUGUUGCCGUAAAGAAGACGAAAUUCGAACAAUGAAAAUAUCACAGGGUGGUAUCGAAACGAUCAAAGCUGUAACUCGUGACACACAUAGCGUAGAUAAUAGAUAAGUGACAAAGAUCGAUUCGACGAGCCAAGACGAUUUGAUCCAUUUUUUCUUACGUUUCUCCCGUUAUCGUUUUUACAUCGAGGAUGUUACGUCAAGUUACAUCUUGUUGCGAAGAAAGGCAAAAGUAUGGGAAAAUAAGCUAUCGUUGCUGUUUCCAAUGAAAUCGAGGCCUUGAACUUUACGAUUAACAGCGAUAAAUCGAUUAUUUUCGGUCGAAUCGAGCAAACGUGAAGCCGAGACGUAGAGUGACAACACUUGGUGGAGUACGUGUUGUUCAUGUUGCAGUAAAACGAGCGUGCGUUCUUCCCGGUUUCGAACGAACAUUACUACAGAGAACUCGUAUGUGUUCGAUGGCAAAAGGGAUAUUUCUGGUAUCGUCCCUGGUGAAAACCGGACAUGGCUAUCGAGAAAGAAUACGAACUGGGUCAAUGACCCAACCGCCGAAGAACCGCGAGACUGUUCAGCGGUGGCCAGGUCUGUGUCAGUAUACGUAGCUGUGUGAAAAAUGAGAUUCGUUUAAACGCUGAAGAAACAAUCUUGCUGCUUAAACGAUCGUUCGUCUUAUCGCUUGUUUCACGCUCGUUUCUCGUAACGUGCUUUCAUGUUCGCGAUUACGACCUUGUAUCUGCUGAAAAGGAAAAAUGCGCUCUAUCCUUUGAACGGAGAAAUAAUUCGCGGCUCGGUGGAAUCGGUUACGAUUCGAUUUACGAUCGAAUAAACUAGACUUUCAACAAAAAAAUAGGAAAAUCAAGAGAGAAGGAGACGUCUUCGAGCGUUAGAGCGCAAAGCGUAUUUCGCCUUGUUCGCGUAUCUAUUAUGCGACACUGUUCUAAUUUUCUCUUGUUUAUCCCUUUUCCAUUGUAUGUGUAAAACGCAUGUCGAAGAAGGAGAAAAGGAGGAGGAGAAUGAGAAGGAGGAAAAAGAAGAGGAGGAGGAGGAAAAGGAGGAGGAGGAGGAGGAGGAGAAGGGACGACAAAGCAAAGAUCGAAAGAAUAGCUGACCCGAAGCGGAUCCUUUGCGUGUAAAACGGAGAGGCACCGUUGGGUUUGGUGAUAGCGAUCCCCACCAUAGGUUGACGGUUUCGAAUCCCUGCAGGGGGCCCGAAUGCCCCCACUCUAUGGUGGCGGUAGAAGAGACCUCGUGGUCUUCGACCAACGAGACUGUGGUACAAGGAGUCCGCCCUUGCACCCUCGACGGAAGUUGGUCCACUACCCUGAAGGCAAAGCUCGUGUCGUACCCCCACCGAGUUUCGUGUCACCGUAACUCGUUCAACGGACCACCGUCUUACCUGACUCCUUCCGCUCCUUUACGUCCGUCUCUGCUCCUCUUUGUACCGUUGCCCCACCAUAUUCAGGGACUGCCGGGGGCAAUUGGGAGGCAUCCGGGGGGCCAUUUAAAGCCGCUGGGGGGCCGGUACUCGAUGAGUCACUAUAUAAGCGGGCAAGGACAAGAAGGUGUAUGUUAGUGUACACUCAAUCUUCCCGUGGCUCGCACGAUUCACGAAGUAGCGAGCGCCGGUGAAUUCGGCUGCGGCUGUGACCGACUUUUUUUUUCUUUCCCUUUAUUCUUUUUCUUUUCUCACUCUUAUUUCCUUUAUUCUUUUCUUUCUUCACUCUUAUUCCACUCCGAUGCGUUUUUCUUCUUUUACCUUCCACUAUUCCAUUAAAUAAUUGCUCAGCUCCUCCUCUCGCUCUCUUACUCGCUCUCUCUCACUCUCUCUCUCUCUCUCUCUGUCUGUCUGUCACUCGUUUCUCCCAUACUUCCAUUGACUCUCCCACCACGUUUCUUCCCCUAGUGCGUAAGAACAAGCGAGCGCGUUUAUCACCUGUGCGUGCACGUUUUUCCUACUCAUUGUCUCUGCUAGUUGAUACGAUUCGCGGUUUCUUUCUCUAUCCGUUGCAGCGGACACCGCGUCUCGCGAUAUUUCACUUUAUCUGAUUUUUCGGCGAGCCUUCUCGAUCGUUGCGUAAUCGUUACUAAAUCGGUAUCGACGAUUUUUCUUCCAUCGUUUUUGUUUUGCUUCAUUUUUUUUUUUUUUUUUUUUUUUAUAAAUCGCUCCAAUUAUCCUCUCUCGUACACGUGCGCACGCGCACACGCAUAAACGCAUACGCAUUACACAGAAGCGUGCGCGCGCGCACUCUCCUUCCCCCCUCUCCUCUCCUAUUCCCCUAUAUUCCCCUCCAGAUUAUGCCCCACCAGCCUAGUCAGAUUUGAUACUUAAAGCCGCGAAUUUCGGAAGCAUCGUUUCGAGUAGGAAAAUUGUGUUCGUGCCGAUACGAAACCAGCCAGAGGGAAGGUUGACCGGUGGUUUUUCGUCGAGACGUGCGAACGUGUCGUGACGAGAAGGGAUCGAAGAAGUUCUGACAGAAAGAAAGCGAGAAAGAGGGAAGGAAAGGAAGAAAGGGGCGUAGAAAGCGAAAGGAGACGAGAAAAGCGGAGACAGGGUUGAAAGGAAGAAAGAGGCGACGGAAGAAGGUGCUACGCGGAGAAAGGAGAGAGGGAAGAAAAGAAAAAGAAGCAGAAAGAGAAAGAAUAGGAAGUAACAGCGAAGGUUGUGUAUAAUAUUAGACGCCGAAAAGGUCGAGGUGAUAACGAAAAGAGAAAGUAAACGAGGGAAGGGUAGAAAUUCAAUUUACGAAGCCGAGGGAAAGUUAGAACGAUAAGAAGAGAAAAUAUACAGAGAGGAAGGAAGAAACGAGUAAAAGUGUAUCGGGAUUAAGGGUUUGAGAGAAAGAAGCUCCCUGUUUCGAAUUGGAAAAAACGAAGGGAAACUUCGUUCCCGAAAUAUUUGCAGAAACGAACGCAAAACGUAUUAUUAUAAAAGCGUAAUUGAAUAUAGCGCGAUGUUAGUGGAACACGCGACACAAUGGGCUUGGCAAGCAAUGGGUGGCACGAGAAUCGAGGUCCUUUACACGUUUCUCGUGUUCUUAGGUGUAUUAUUGGUAGUAAGGUGCAUGCAAUGGCUUAGGUAUGUGCGCUCUCUGCCUCCAGGGCCUUGGGGUGUACCCGUGUUUGGUUAUUUGCCAUUCUUGAAAGGCGACGUUCACCUCCGGUACGGAGAACUCGCAAAGAAGUAUGGUCCAAUGUUCAGUGCUCGACUAGGAACGCAACUGGUGGUUGUUAUUAGCGAUCAUCGUACGAUUCGCGACACGUUUCGUCGGGAAGAGUUUACUGGCAGACCGCAUACCGAGUUCAUCAACAUCCUCGGUGGAUAUGGUAUUAUCAACACCGAAGGUGCUAUGUGGAAAGACCAAAGAAAAUUUCUUCACGAUAAGCUCAGAGGCUUCGGCAUGACCUAUAUGGGCGGUGGGAAGAAAAUUAUGGAAUCGAGAAUCAUGCGCGAGGUUAAGACGUUCCUUCGUGGAUUGGUGAUAAAACGAGGAACACCGACAGACGUUUCAGCUUCCCUUGGAAUGUCGAUCAGCAACGUUAUAUGUUCCAUUAUAAUGGGAGUGCGUUUCCAACAUGGCGACAAAAGGUUCAAAAGAUUCAUGGACUUGAUCGAGGAAGGUUUCAAGCUGUUCGGCAGUAUGGCCGCUGUCAACUUUAUUCCUGUGAUGCGUUACUUGCCUUGCCUUCAAAAAGUUCGCAACAAGAUUGCGGAAAAUCGCGCGGAAAUGGCCGAUUUCUUUCAAGAGGCGGUCGACCAGCAUCGAGCAACGUUCGACGAAAGCACUUUACGAGACCUUGUCGACGCUUAUCUGCUCGAGAUCGAGAAAGCGAAGGGAGAAGGUCGCGCGACUACGCUCUUUCAAGGGAAAAAUCAUGAUCGCCAGAUGCAACAAAUACUCGGUGAUCUGUUCUCUGCUGGCAUGGAAACGGUGAAGACCACGCUCGAAUGGGCAAUAAUCUUGAUGCUACAUCAUCCGGAUGCGGCGACUGCCGUACAGGAAGAAUUGGACCAAGUGGUAGGAAAAUCGAGGAUGCCUGCUUUGGAGGAUCUACCUUUUCUUCCGAUAACCGAAGCGACGAUACUCGAGGUUCUUAGGCGGUCGAGUAUAGUCCCUUUGGGAACAACACACGCAACGACGAGAGAUGUGACGUUGCACGGUUACACGAUACCAGCUGGAUCCCAAGUGGUACCGUUGCUGCAUGCCGUGCAUAUGGAUCCAGAACUUUGGGAGGAGCCCGAGGAGUUUCGACCGAGUCGGUUUCUCUCGGCCGAAGGUAAAGUCCAGAAACCGGAAUACUUUAUGCCUUUCGGUGUCGGCAGACGUAUGUGCCUGGGCGAUGUGUUGGCACGCAUGGAGUUAUUCUUGUUCUUUAGUUCGUUGAUGCACACGUUCGAGUUGCGAUCGCCGCAGGGCUCGUCCUUGCCGAGUUUGCGCGGCAACGCCGGUGUCACCGUCACGCCUGACCCCUUUGACGUUUGUUUGGUACCAAGAAAUUUGGAUCUCAUCGAAGAUACGAGCAACGAUGUGAUCCCCUCCGGCGCUAUUCUGCGUAAUAUCGGCAGUCACUGAGUUUCCUGCUUUUUCGAACGCUCCAUAACGAUCAACGGAGCACGGUAAUCGUUCCUAACGAGACCGAUCCGACCUGGACCGACUUGGCCCGACACGAUCCAACCUGAUCCAAUUCGAUCUAAUACGAUUCAAUCCGAUCCAUCGUACAUUCGUCCAUCCUUAAUCAGCCCUACAAGAUUUCACAUCAUCGUCGAAAGGUUCGUUCGAACGCGUUCCAUUAUCCCUCCUUUUAUUCUUCUCUCCAUCUACCUAUCGCAUAAAUGUCGUUUCACUCUCGAUUUCUAUUAUUUAAUUUCCUUGCGUGUACUAGCCAACAUUUAUACAUAUUUAGGGUAACAUUUCGCUCUUUAUUUAUUCGCAUUUAGUCAUUAGCGUUAUUUGAUAAAUGUAUGUCGGUAUAGAACGUGUGUAUACGGUUGAAUGAUAUGAGAAGUUUGCGUGUACAUGUUCAAAUUCGUUGCACACAAUAUAUACAAAAACGAUUUCGAUAACAAUUCCGUCAACGAUGAUCCGUCACGUUCUAGAGAUCGUUGUGUUGGCGCAGUCUCGGACGUAAAAAGAGACAAAAGACUUUUAGAUAGUAAUGAUAAUAAGAGGAAUCAAUUAUUAGUAACGGUAUUAGAAAUAAGUAGUGGUAGUGGUAGCGGUAGUAAUAGAAAUAGACAAAAGUAGUAACGGCAACGAUAGUACAGGCGGUAGUAUUGGUAAAAUAAUAAUUGAUAACGACAAUAUCGAUGAUAGCGAUAGUGGUAAAUGCUAGAUUAAGAAUUUCCAGUUAAUAAAAAAA